GUUCUGCGCACGCGCGGAAGCCAUAUUGGCAGCGGACUCUUGGGCAGCGGCGGUGGUUUUCCUCCCGUGAAGUAAAGCGUUCUGUGUAGAUCUCGAUUCUUCAGUGUCUUCCCUCCGGAAUUAUAUAAAGUUGAGAAAACAUGUCUCGAAGGUAUGACUCCAGGACCACUAUAUUUUCUCCAGAAGGUCGCUUAUACCAAGUUGAAUAUGCCAUGGAAGCUAUUGGACAUGCAGGCACCUGUUUGGGAAUUUUAGCAAACGAUGGUGUUUUACUUGCAGCAGAGAGACGCAACAUCCACAAGCUUCUUGAUGAAGUCUUUUUUUCUGAAAAGAUUUAUAAACUCAAUGAGGAUAUGGCUUGCAGUGUGGCAGGCAUAACUUCUGAUGCUAAUGUCCUGACUAAUGAACUGAGGCUCAUUGCUCAAAGGUAUUUAUUACAGUAUCAGGAGCCAAUUCCCUGUGAGCAGUUGGUUACGGCACUGUGUGAUAUCAAACAAGCUUAUACACAGUUUGGAGGAAAACGUCCCUUUGGUGUUUCAUUGCUGUACAUUGGCUGGGAUAAGCACUAUGGCUUUCAGCUCUAUCAGAGUGACCCUAGUGGAAAUUAUGGGGGAUGGAAAGCCACAUGCAUUGGAAAUAAUAGCGCUGCAGCUGUGUCAAUGUUGAAACAAGACUACAAAGAAGGAGAAAUGACUUUGAAGUCAGCACUUGCUUUAGCUAUCAAAGUGCUAAAUAAGACCAUGGAUGUUAGUAAACUGUCUGCUGAAAAAGUGGAAAUUGCCACACUAACAAGAGAGAAUGGAAAGACAGUAAUCAGAGUUCUCAAACAAAAGGAAGUGGAGCAGUUGAUCAAAAAACAUGAGGAAGAAGAAGCUAAAGCUGAGCGUGAGAAGAAAGAAAAAGAACAGAAAGAAAAGGAUAAAUAGGCUACAGAAUCAGGGAUUUUAUAACUCAUUUGGGAUACCACUUCAGUGUAAAAGCUGUCCUGCUCUUCCACACUGAGAAGACUUUUUUUUCUAACUUGUGCAUUGGGGAAAUAGGACAUUACAUACUGAAUUGGGUCCUUGUCAUUUCUGUCCAAUUGAAUAUUUUAUUGUAAUGAUGAUUACUCUUCAUGGACAUCUUAAUCUCCCACAUACAAACUCCCCCUCUUUUGGAAUAAAACUUGGAAAGAAUGGAAA